AAUUGGCAGCACUGCAAAAAGUCGGCAUUUUUUCGGCUGGUCACAUAAAGAAUUAAUUAUUUUUUCCAUUAAAAGAGAAUAAGUAUUUUAAAUAAUUAUUAUUUGCAAUUAAACAAGUGGAAACAAGAAACGAAAAUGUCAUUUGGUGGCCAAUCAAAUGCCUGGCAGCGCAACAUGAUGCAGGGGCAUCCACAAUCGACGAAUUCCUUUCAACAAUAUGGUUUUCAGAACAAUAUGGCUUCUGCAUUUCAUGGAGGAGGAGGUGGUGGUGGCGGCGGAGGCGGUGGUGGCGGAGGAAAUAUGUACCCUAAUUCAGGUGAUGGAGGCAUGGGAGGCGGUUCUGUACAAUAUCCCAUACGAACUGGUUUAAAUCCAGUUGCCUUUCAAGGUAGUGGUAUGGGUGGAGGAGGCGGUGGUGGUGGUAUGCAACAACAAAAUCGCCACUAUAAUUCUAUUGGAACAAUCACCAAGAUCAGCAAUGAUUGUGGUUUGGUCAACAACGAAGUGUUUUUCUAUCGCAAUGUGUGUAAAGGACCUGAACCAAAACUGGGAGAUCGGGUGAUAUUCGAGGCCAGCUUUUCGAAUAGUGGCCAAUUCAAAUGGAACGCCACCCAGAUACAGUUGAUGCCAUCUAAACCGCCCAUGAUGAAUCAAAUGGAUACCGGUUAUGGUAGUCCGGGGCCGAUGUCUAAUGACUAUCCUCGAGGAGGAGGAGGUGGUGGUCAAAUGCAGAGACAUCCCUCGCCCAAACGAAUGCCGGCCCUAUCACCCAUUCGUCAUGACCGUGGUGAUCGUCGGGGUGGUGGUGGUGGUGUAGGAGAAAGAGAUAGACAUCGCCGUUCCUGGGAUCGCGAAGAUGAUGAACACGAACGCAAAAGACGUCGUGAUGACAGGGAUCGCAUCAGCCGAGAUCGCAAUAAUUCACUUAAUCGUGGCGGUGUUGGAGGAGGUGGUGUUGCUGCUAGAGAAAGAGAUCGUGAUGCGAGACGUAAUGAUCGAGAACGUGACAGAGAUCAACAUCAUGAACGGGAACGUGAACGUGGCCGUGAAAGGGGAGAGCGAGGCGACAGGGUCGAGAGGGAACGUGAACGUGACCGUGAUAAGGAGCGGGAAAAGGAACGUGAGAAGCCCCGUGAUGCUGUGGAGAAGAAUCAAAGUUUGGUGCCCAAGGGUGGCAGAACUCGGGCCUUACGCCGUUACAUGAUCCAAAUACCUAAACAUCUGUUGGCGCUCAAAUAUGCCGAUAUACAAGCUCUGCGUAAUCGUUAUUCCUCACUUUAUAUACCAUCGGACUUUUUCCAUGCCAAUGUCAAGUGGACUGAAACUUUUACACCCGACAAUCCGUUCUCUUUGCGGCGUCCCUGCCAAUUCCAUUUAAUGGAUAAAAAUGCUGAAUCACCAUUUGAUCAAAAUCAAGAUGAACUAGAACCAGCCGAUGCUGAUUAUGUCUAUUCGGCCAAAGUCAUGCUGCUAUCGUUACCACCAAUCGCUGAAAUCUAUAGGAAAUGCUUUGAAAACAAUGAAGAAGAUUUGGAUCAUCAGCCGAUACAUUUGUCACGUAUUGCUAGUUUUUUGGUUGGUUUGAAGGGUUCCAAAGAACCAAUGGCCAUUGGUGGGCCAUGGUCACCAUCAUUGGAUGGUGAAAAUCCCGAUACGGAUCCAUCCGUUUUGAUACGUACAGCAAUACGUACAUGCAAAGCAUUGACAAAUAUCGAUUUGUCCAAUUGUACGCAAUGGUAUCGUUUCAUGGAAAUCUACUAUCAUCGUUCCGAGUACAAGAACAUGGAGAAAGGUGGACCGCCUCGUGUUGAAACUGUGGUUAUAUUCCUGCCCGAUGUCCACUCAUGUAUGCCUUCGGUAGCUGAAUAUAAUACCAUUAGUGGCCUGUACAAGGCCACUGCUGAGAAAAUCAUUGCUCGACGUGCCACUGCGGCAAACAAGGCCAUUGCUGCAUCCGGUAAUAAUGCGGGUGACAAAAAUCAAUCCUCUGGAAAACCAGCUGAAGGAAACAAUGCCGAACAGAAUACAGGAGGCAGUGAAGAAGAUGCUGCUGCUGCUGAUGAUGGUGAUGAUGAUAAUGGUGGGAAUAUGGAGGGUGAUGGUGAUUACAAUGACGAAGAUGCUGGGGCCAAUGAUGCCGGCGAAGGCGAUGAUGAAAACAACGUUGAUGGCCAGGAAGCGGAAGAGGAGGAGGGUAAUGAGCAUCCGGAUGAUCAAGCCAUGGACAUGGAUAAUUCCGCUGUUGAUGCUGCCGCCGAUGGUGAUGGUGAUGACUACGACGAAGCCAACCACCCGGAGGAUGGUGGUAACAACGAUGAUGAUGCUGAUGAUGACAUGGGCCACAAUGAGGACCAUGUCGCCGAGGCUGCUGACGAAAAUGAGGAACCCACCCCAGAGCCCACACAUUAUUCGUUGUUGGAUUUGAAAAAUAUGAAGGUUCAAGAAAUCAGAGAUGAGCUUUUGGCCCGAGAUUUAUCGGAUAAAGGUGUCCGCAACGUGGUCAUGGCCCGCCUGGCCAAGGCCUUGAAUACCGAAAAGAAGGAGGAAAUCAAGGCCAACAAUCGUGAGAAAUUCCAAAAACAACAACAUCAAAAGAAUUCAGCCAAAAAAUCAACAGCUGAUGCCCAGCCGGACAAGGAUUCAUCGAAAAAUGAUGAUAGCAAAACGGAUUGGGCCGAUGCCAUUGAUUUUGAGAUGAGCGAUAUUGUUAUAUUGGAUGAAUAUGAUGCCAGCAAGAACCAGGAGGACAAGGAAAUGUCCAGACGAGAAAAGGCCAAACUUAUUCGCCGCUAUACACUGCCAUCAACCCCCCAAAUUGUGGUGCAUCCCAACAAAUUGGCCAAGGGUGGUAGUUUUGAUUGUGCCCUAAUGACGCUGCAAGUUUUGAUGGACUAUCAUCAUGCCGAUACCAAGGAGAGGAUAUUUGAGUUGUCGCUGUUUGCCGAGCUCUUCAAUGAAAUGUUGAUGCGUGACUUUGCCUUUAACAUUUACAAAGAGAUACACAUUUACAAUAGUAAGGAGCACAGCAAUGAGGAUAAUGGCGAGCCAGCCAAUGGAGAAGAAACCAAGACCGCAGAUGGUGAACAAACUUCAGCUGAUGCCAAAGCAGUUGGUGGUGGUGGUGAGAAGGAAAGCGAAAAAUCCGAUGACAGCAAGUCAAGAAAACGACGCACAAGUACCAAGGAUGCCCAAGACGGUGACAAGUCCGAAAGACCACCACCCAAACGUCGCAUGAGUACCAUUGAUGGCCGUGAAUUGGCAAUUGCCAGCGAUGAUAAUAAGAAGUCACAAAGUCGUAACAGUGCCGGAGAUGCGGACGACAACAAAUCCUCAUCUACGGAAAGUAACAAAAAAGUUGUGGUGGCCAAGCCACAUUUACUCUUAUCAUUCCUCUAUUUCGAUUCCACACACUGUGGCUACAUUUUCGAGCGUGACUUGGAAGAUUUGUUUAUGGUGUUGGGUUUGAAUCUAUCGCGAUCACAAAUCAAAAAAGUUUUGUCAAAAAUUGGUAAUCGUACGAUGGUGCAUUAUCGCAAACUUACGGACAAAAAGGAAUCGACCGAUGCCUUGGCCAAAAUUGAAGAUGUCGAUGACUUGGAGUUGGAGGAGUUGAAAGAUAUUGCCGCUGGCAAUAAUAAAUAUGAAUUUGUAUUUGCUGAGGCUCAUCACGGCAAUUAUGCCAUACCCAUUGAGGGCGAUGAGAAUAAUCAAUCUGAUCUAGUUCAUUACAACGGUGCUGUCAUCCAUAUUGGCAAAUUGAUGGAACAAAUCAAACGUACGGAAAAAGAAUUAUCCGACACCGAAAAGCUAUACAAUGAUCUAGUGAAAGAGCACAGCGAUAUGCAAAAGGAACAUAGCAAGGCAAAAUCCAAAAUUAAGGAUUUAUUGGAAGAUUCCAAGAGUUUGAGAAGGAAGUUGACCGAUACAAACCAGGAACUUUAUACCCUGACGCGUAAAUAUCGGGAUCAAAACUCAACCCUUUUGUACAUCUACACCCGGGUUGAGCCCUAUUUCUCCAAGGACAAGGAUAAGGAAAAAGAUUCCAAAACUGAGAGCUCACACAAGGACAAGGAUGACAAAAAGAAGGACGACAAAGAUUCCGAAAAGGACAAACACAAGGAUAAACAUUCGGAUAAGGACCACUCUAAAGAAAAAUCCAAAGAUAAAGAUGGCGAUAAGGAAAAGUCCUCUUCGAAAUCCGAAAAAUCCAAGGAAAAAACUAAGGAAUCAGAAAAAGAAAAAUGCAAGGAUGAUGGAAAGGAAAAGUCUGCAGUAAAAGAGGAAAAAGUUGAGGCCAUGGAAACAGAGACCAGUGAUGAAAAGUCUAAAGAAGAAGAAGUGAUUAAAAAAGAAACCGACAAACCUGCAGUCAAAAAGGAAGCAGAAACUCCAAAAAAAGAGGCUGAAGAAAAGGAAGCACCCCCACCAACCAAAAAAGAGGUCGAAAAACCCAAAGAAGAAAAGAAAGUUGUCAAACCCCCUGUUGCUGCUGCUGCUCCUCCAACCAAAGACAAUGAAACGGCGGCAAAGGAAGAUAAAACCGAUGUUAAGGAAGCUGUAACUUCGCAGGAAAAGGAAAAAGAAAAACCCAAGAAACCUGAGGUAGAAAAGAAAGAAACCACUGUGGCCAAAGCUGCGCCAGCAGCUGUGGCAAAAACUGCUCAACCUAGCAACACAACAAAUGGGGCCAAGGCCACACCAAGCAAGCCAGCGACGGCGCCUGCUGCCAAGGCCACACCCGCCAAACCAGCAGCUGCUAAGACUCCUGUCACAAAGGCCACACCAGCCAAGACAGCUGGAGCCAACAAACCAGGAGCCGGCACACCCGCCAAACCUGCUGCCAAAACGACAACAACUCCCGCUAAACCAGCUGCUGGCGGCAACAAGGCCACACCCGGAAAAGUGAAUCCUAAUGCUAAGAAACCUGCAGGAACUGCAAAUAAGAAACCAAACACAGAUAAUUCUCAGAAGUAAAAAUGCAAAUAAACUACGUCACAUACACACCCCUAAGAUUUCGCACUGAUUGAAUUGAGUUUUUGGAAAACUUGUAGCAUUUUAGCCAACAACCCAUAAUUCUUACUUUUUCUCAUUUAAUGUGUACUAGUACCCCACUACAUUUUACUUGCUCUCGGUGUAAAGAAUUAACAUGAAAUAUAUUAUUAAUAUUAUUAUUCAUAGACAACAACAAAGAAAAAAAAGAACGUUUGAACAAAUUUAUUAUAUAAAAUAAAAAUAUAUAAUAUUAUUAAAAAUCUAA